AUGGCCUCCUGGGAGAGCACACACUCCUCCCGGGGCUUGCUUGCUUGCACGCCCACCUCGUGUGGUCUCCACGUGCCUUCUGACGCCCGGAGCAGGUGGAGUGCCUCUCUGGCCCAGCCACCUUCCUCGAGGGGGAGCCCCAUUCUGCGGCAGGCUGCCACAGCACCGAAUUGUUCCCUCUGCCCCCGGGAAGCCAAUCUGUCCGUGCACACCGACGACCCGGACCUCACUCCCUGUUUCCAGAACUCCCUGCUGGCCUGGGUCCCCUGCAUCUACCUGGGGGCCGCCCUGCCCUGCUACCUCUUCCAUCUGCGGCACCAUCACCGAGGCUACGUUAUCCUCUCCCACCUCUCCAGGCUCAAGACGGCCUUGGGCGUCCUGCUGUGGUGCAUCUCCUGGGCUGACCUCUUCUACGCCCUCCAUGGCCUGGUCCACAGCUGGGCCCCGCCCCCAUCUUCUUUGUCACCCCGUCUGGUGGGGGUCACCGUGCGGCUGGCCACUCUGCUAAUCCAGCAUGAGCGGCUGCAGGGGGUACAGUCCCCAGGAGUCCUCAUCAUCUUCUGGUUCCCGUGUGUGGUCUGUGCCAUUGUCGCCUUCCGCUCCAAGAUCCUGUCAGCCGUGGCAAAGGGCAAGACCUCAGACCCCUUCCGCUUCGCCACCUUCUACAUCUACUUCGCCCUGGUGCUCUUCGCUCUCAUCCUGUCCUGCUUCAGGGCGCAGCCGCCAUUUUUCUCCCCAAAGAAUGUCGACCCUAACCCCUCCCCAGAGGUCAGCGCUGGCUUCUUCUCCCGCCUGUCUUUCUGGUGGUUCACAAAGAUGGCCAUCCUUGGCUAGCGGCGCCCCCUGGAGGAGCAGGACCUCUGGUCCCUGACUGAGGAGGACCGCUCGCAGGUGGUGGUGGACAGGCUGAUGGAGGCAUGGAAGAAGCAGCAGAAGCAGCCAGCGCGACACAGGGCCGCGGUGGCAUCUGGGAAGAGUGUGUCCGGUGAGGAUGUGGUGCUGCUCGGGGGCCGGCCCAGGCCCCGGGAGCCAUCCUUCCCGCGGGCCGUGCUGGCCACCUGUGGUUCUGGCAUCUUCACGAGCAUCUGCUUCAAGUUGACCCAGGACCUGCUCUCCUUCGUCAAUCUGCAGCUGCUCAGCAUCCUGAUCAGGUUUAUUUCAAACCCUGUGGCCUCCACCUGGUGGGGUUUCCCGGUGGCCGGGCUGAUGUUUGCAUGCUCUGUGACUCUGCUCUCACAACAGUAUCUCCACUGUAUCUAUGUGAUGGUGUUGAGGCUUCGUUCGGCGAUCACAGGUGUCAUCUAUAGGAAGGUCUGCUGGAACAGGGUGCCGCGGGGCCUGGGUGUGAGUCUGACUCUCCUUGGCUGGCCGGCUGUAGUCGCCUUCCUGUGUGUCUGGACUCCUUCCUCUGUUUGCCUCUUUGUUCCUAGCUUUUGGCCUCCUCAGAACCUGGGUCCUUCCAUCUUGGCUGGGGUGGCUUUAAUCGUCUUGCUGGUCCCACUCAACGGAGCUGUGGCCAUGAAGAUGCGUGCCUUACAGGGCGUGUCACUGCCACUCUUCCCACGUGUGGAGCAAAUGAAAUUCAAGUGCACCAAGCUGAUGAGUGAGAUCCUGGGUGGCUUCAAGGUGCUGAAGCUGUAUGCCUGGGAACCCGUUUUCUUGGGGAAGGUGGAGGGCAUCCGGGAGGACGAGCUCCGGAUACUACGCCAGUCUGCCUACCUCCAAGCCAUAUCCACGUUCACCUGGGUCUGCACCCCCUUCCUAGUGACCCUGAUUACCCUUGCGGUCUAUGUGUCCGUGGACCAGAACAACGUGCCUGAUGCCGAGAAGGCCUUUGUGUCUGUGUCCCUGUUCAAUAUUUUAAAGACUCCCCAGAACCUGCUGCCCCAGAUAAUCAGCGGCCUGGUCCAGAUCAGUUUGUCUCUGAAACGGAUCCAGCAUUUCCUGAGCCAAGAGGAACUUGACCCCCACUGUGUGGAAAGAAAGACCAUCACCCCAGGUGAGAGGUUGGGGAAGGAAAUCCCAAUCCCUACCUCUGACUGGGUUCCUGGACUCCUUGCCCUCAGUCUAGACAUCCAGGUGCCGAAAGGGGCACUGGUGGCUGUGGUGGGGCCUGUGGGCUGUGGGAAGUCCUCCCUGGUGUCUGCCCUGCUGGGAGAGAUGGAGAAACUGGAAGACCCGGUGUGUGUGAAGGGCUCUGUGGCCUACGUGCCCCAGCGGGCAUGGAUCCAGAAUUGCACUCUUCAGGAAAACAUACUAGCUUCACAGGGACAAGACCAGGCAUAUCAAAUGAGAAUUGAGAGGUCUGCUUUGUUGAAUGACGGUGACAGGGCCCUUGUCCCCUUGUGCCUGUCUGACUCUCUUCUCCCCAGUACACACCUCCCCCCUCUCUCCUCCAUCCAGGGCAUUCACCUGUCUGGGGGCCAGCGACAGCGGGUGAGUCUGGCCCGAGCUGUUUACAGGGAAGCUGACCUUUUUAUGUUGGAUGACCCACUGUCAGCUGUGGACUCCCAUGUGGCCAAGCAUCUCUUUGACCAAGUCAUAGGGCCCGAAGGCGUGCUGGCAGGCAAGACACGGGUGCUGGUGACACACAGCAUCAACUUCCUGCCCCAGAUGGACUUCAUCAUAGUGCUGGCUGACGGGCAGGUGUCUGAGGCGGGCCCCUACCCAGCCCUGCUGCAGCACAGCGGCUCCUUUGCCAACUUCCUCUGCAACUACGCACCUGACAAGCCUGAGAAGAACCUGAAGGAAGGCAGCAGGACCGGCCCCCAGCAGUCCUGGGGCUCACGAGAGUCCUCUGUCCUUGACCGCCAUGGCCUGCAGAUGAAGCUGAGUGUGUUCUGGGAUUAUGCCAAGGGCAUGGGGCUCUAUACCAUAGUGGCCAUCUGUCUUCUGUACCUGGGUCAUAGUGCGGCUGCCAUCGGGGCCAGCGUGUGGCUCAGUGCCUGGAGCGAUGAGGCUAUGGUGGAUGGCCGACAGAAUAACACCUCCGUGAGGCUGGGUGUCUAUGCUGCCUUGAGUGUUUUGCCAGGGCUCCUGGUGAUGGUAUCAGCCAUCACGCUGAUGGUGGGGAGUGUCCAGGCUGCACGCUCGCUUCACCGGGUGCUGCUGCACAAGAUGCGCUGGCCACAGUCCUUCUUCCAUACGACGCCCUCAGGCCGGAUCCUCAACCGGUUCUCUAAGGACAUCUACGUCAUCGAUGAGGUUCUGGCCCCCACCAUCCUCUUGCCGCUGAAUUCCUUCCACAACUCCAUCUCCGCCUUCGUGGUCAUCAUAGCCAGCACGUCGCUCUUCACUGUGGUCACCCUGCCUCUGGCUGUCCUGUACAUCACGGUGCAGCGCUUCUAUGUGGCUACGUCACGGCACCUGAAGAGGCUGGACUCCGUCAGCCGCUCGCCCAUAUACUCCUACUUUUCAGAGACGGUGACUGGCACCAGCGUCAUUCGGGCCUAUGGCCACAGCCAGGACUUCAAGGCCAUCAGUGAUGCUAAGGUGGACACCAACAUGAGGAGCUCCUACCCCUACGUUGCCUCCAACAGGUGGCUGUGGGUCCACGUGGAGUCCGUGGGGAACUGUAUUGUGUUCUUUGCUGCACUCUCUGCUGUGAUUGGCAGAAACAGCCUGAGUCCGGGGCUGGUGGGCCUUUCUGUGUCCUACGCCCUACAGAUAACAAUUAGUCUGACGUGGAUGAUCCAAAUGAUGUCAGACUUGGAGUCUAACAUCGUGGCCGUGGAGAGAGUCAAGGAGUACUCCAAGAUAGAGACUGAGGCCCCUUGGGUGGUGGAGGGCGGCCGUCCUCCCGCGGGCUGGCCCCUGCGGGGCGAAGUAGAGUUCUGGAACUUCUCUGUGCACUACCGGCCAGGCCUGGAGCUGGUGCUGAGGAACCUGAGUCUGCGCGUGCACGCUGGCAAGAAGGUGGGGAUCGUGGGCCGCACCGGGGCCGGCAAAUCAUCCAUGACCCUCUGCCCGUUCCGCAUCCUGGAGGCCACGGAAGGUGAAAUCCGCAUCGACGGCCUCAACGUGGCAGAUAUGGGACUCCACGACCUGCGUCCUCAGCUGACCGUCAUCCCCCAGGACCCCAUCCUGUUCUCCGCGUCCCUACGUAUGAACCUGGACCCCUUUGGGUAUUACUCGGAGGCAGAUCUAUGGCGAGCCUUGGAGCUUUCCCACCUGCACACCUUUGUGGGCUCGCAGCCGGAGGGCCUGGACUUCCAGUGCUCCGAGGGAGGGGAGAAUCUCAGCGUGGGCCAGCGCCAGCUCGUGUGCCUGGCCCGAGCCGGGCUCCACAGGAGCCACAUCCUGGUUUUAGACGAGGCCACGGCUGCCAUGGACCUGGAGACUGACGACCUCAUCCGGGCUACCGUCCGCACCCAGUUUGAGAACUGCACGGUGCUGACCAUCCCACACUGGCUCGACACCAUCAUAGACUAUACCAGGGUCCUUGUCCUGGACAGAGGGACAGUAGCUGAAUUUGAUUCUCCAGCCAACCUCAUCGCAGCCAGAGGCAUCUUCUACGGGAUGGCCAGAGACGCUGGACUUGUCUAAAAUAUAUUCCUGGGACUUGCUCCUGGCCAUUGCUGGUUUUCAUCAGGAGAGAAAAAGACACCAAGCACGUCUGCAGGAUGGACUUGAUGGCAAACACUGGAGGCAUUCGCUAGAUUCUUGCCCUGCAAAGUGCCUCACAGAAUAAUUGUGCUAAAUACUUUAGAUGAGGAAGUGGGGCCCAAGAGGUGAACUACGGGCCCGAGGCCACAGCUAGUUUGAGGCAGAGCCCAGACUGGUGCCCGGGGUCUCCUGAUUCCCAACCUAGUGUUCUUGCCACGCUGUGCUGUUUUCAGUCAUUUCAUGGAAUGACCUCUCCACUCUGUCUGAUUUUUUGUAUUUUCUACUCAGAAGGAUUUUUUUUUUUUUUUAAAGUAAAGCUUUUUCCUCCUGGAACAGCAGACUGCCGGGUCAGGGUGUCCUUAGGAACUGAGUCCUGUACUCUGGGGUGCUGGCCUGGAUCCAUUAAAAAUGGAGCACUGAUGAAAUAAAGCGACAUGGUCAACAAUACGUAUACCCCGAUGCAGCCUUUCUCUGCCUGUUCAUAAUGUUUGGGGGUUAGGGCCUUUGCAGGGGGCAGGGAGGGAGGGAGAGAGGUGGAGGCAGACUUUAUGUACAUCUACAUGGCUGGGAUUAUCUGAAAACUUCAGUCUCCAGAGCUUUUGGCUAGAAAUAUUGUCUUUACAGCCAAAAGUCACUGGGUAAUUGCCAAUAGUUCCUGCUCUGCUGUGCAGAUACUGUGCAAAGGCGAGAAAUAAAGCCCCUGAAAUCGGACCCGAGGCCUCUUGGGAAGGCUGCUGUGAACGCCUCCCUCAUGCCAUCCCUCAGACCUCCAAGCCUGCUUCUCUAGGGGCUGGGAUGUGCAUGGUGCCUUUUACUCCCUUGGUCCUUUAGUAGCCUAUGCCAGGGGCGCCUGGGUGGCUCAGUUGGUUAAUUGUCUGACUCUUGAUCUCCACUCAGGCCAUCAUCUCCUGGUUUGUGAGUUCAAGCCCCGCAUCAAGCUUUGUGGCAACGGCGCGGAGCCUGCUUGGGAUUCUGUCUCUCCCUGUCUCCCUGCCCCUCCCCGCUCACUCUCUUCAUCUGCCAGUAAAUAAACUGAAAAAAAAAAAAAACAAAAAACAAAAAACAAGUCUAUUCCAGACAGGUCCUCGUAACCAGCGAGGCCUCAGGGCCAUUCGUCUUCCUCAAUGUGGCCAAAGCUGCACGUGAGAGCACAAAACAGCCCAGAGGCGCCCCUGGCCCUGACAGUCUCGGGCCAAUAAGCAAGAUGAGGGGCCGAAUUCAAUUUGGUUUUGAGCAA